AUACUGGGAAUGGAACAUAAUAAUAAUAAUAUCAAUGAAAUUUUUUGAAAUGUAAAUAUCCAAAGUAAGAUGGACAAUAUAAAAUCUAAGAAAUAUUUUUACUCUUGUCCCCUCAAAAAAUUGUCCAUGCUCCCCACAGACUUCUCACAUUAGUCUUCUAACUUUAUUUUUUAUUCUCAUUUUCAAUAUAAAGUCAUUAUGGUUGUUUGCUAUAUUAUUCUAUUCUGUCUCUAUUAGAGUUGGAUUGGUAUUUAUGCCAUAAAUGUGGUACUCUCGUUGUGUGUGUACCAGGGUAGGGUCAGGUCAUUUUUCUUAUUUUAGUUCCAUUACGAGAUCGGGACUGUCUGUGUUAGCCAAGUGAAUAUAUCCCCUGCCCAUAGAUUUCAUUCCCUUCACACAACUUGAUGUAAAGUAGGCGAACAAAAUUAGUUACUUCCAUAUCGGUACACACACUUCUGGAGCGCCCUAAUUUCAAUAAAAAAAUGACAAACUCUGAUGCCACUGCCCUGAGAUCAUCUGUGAGGUUAUAUCUAUUUAGUCAGUCUAUGCAUCUGGAAUACUUAACUGGUAAAUCAAUCAUCUCCAUGUGUAACCUGAGCUGGUAACAGGACCAACGCCUUGGUCUGCCAUUAAGUAAGCUGUCUUAUUGCAUUUCCCCUCCCUGAGUAUAAAUAUGGAAGCUUCUAUCACAGUUUGUGAAGUUGAACUUUUUUUCUUUUUCAUUUUUAAUAUAAAAUCAUUGUUUUUAUACUAGAUUAUUUAUCUAAAUAUAGGUUUAUAUUCAUUUAAAAUGGAAAAUCAAACUGCAGUUGUUAAAGCUAAUCCAACAAGAAAACGGGUUGGGCCAAAAUCUAGAAUAACAGCCAAUCAAAUUCCAGCUGAAAUUCUAGAAGACUCCUCAUUGGCUGCUGCAAUUUCAAAUCUUCCUUCAAAUUACAAUUUUGAAAUUCACAAAACAAUAUGGCGGAUCAGGCAGAACGGAGCAAAACGCGUCGCUUUACAAUUUCCUGACGGACUUUUGAUGUUCGCUUGUACCAUUUCUGACAUCAUAGAGGAAUUCACUCAAGCGGAAACUGUCAUAAUGGGUGACACUACAUACGGAGCAUGCUGCGUUGAUGAUUUUUCUGCACGUGCGCUGGAGUGUGACUUUAUGGUUCACUAUGGACAUAGCUGCCUCAUACCUAUCAACAAUAUGCCUGAUAUCAAAAUGUUAUAUAUUUUCGUUGAUAUUAAGAUUGAUAUUGAACAUUUGAUGGCGACAGUGAGAGAAAAUUUUACACGUGAACAAGUAUUAUAUCUAGUCAGCACCGUGCAAUUUGUCGCUACUCUACACGCAGUCAAAAACCAAUUGAUGAAGGAUGGUUUUAAUGUUAAUAUACCACAAAUCAAACCGUUGACGCCUGGUGAAAUUCUUGGUUGUACUUCGCCGAAUGUUGGCGAUGUGAAAUGUGACGCUGUGAUUUAUCUCGGAGACGGCAGGUUUCAUCUCGAAUCUAUGAUGAUUUCAAAUCCAGAAAUUCCCGCUUACAAAUAUGACCCAUACGCAAAGACUUUUACUAUCGAAAAGUACGACCAUUUAGCUAUGCAGAAAGUGCGAAGAAACGCGAUCGAGAAAGCACGAAAAGCUGAAACGUGGGGGCUGAUUUUAGGUACCUUGGGACGCCAGGGAUCUACGACUGUUCUGGACCAUUUAGAAGAGCGAAUUCUUAACUCUGGACGAAGAGUUGUAAAAAUCUUACUUUCAGAAAUUUUUCCGUCAAAAUUAAAACUAUUUCCUGAUGUUGGAGCAUGGGUUCAAAUUGCUUGCCCCCGUUUGUCCAUUGAUUGGGGCCUUGCCUUUGACACACCCCUCUUGACCCCGUACGAGGCUGCUGUGGCAAUCAAAGACAUUGAACCGUGGGAGGGGAAUUACCCUAUGGAUUUUUAUGCUCGUCAAUCUAAAGGACCCUGGACUCCAAAUUAUCAGCCUCCAAGAGAGGUUAAAAGUGAAGUUGUCAAAGCUACUUGAUAUAGAGCUAAUUCGGCACUAGUUUUUAAACUUUACUGAAAUACCCAUCGAGUCUUAGGUUAUCUGUGUAAAGUAAUAAGCUUUAGAAUCGCCGCCAUCUUGUUUUUGUUCUUUUCGACCAUUGUCAAGAUGGAUUAUCCAUUUUUUUUUGUUGAAACCAUAUUUUUCAAAUGCAAAUUUGACAUAUGACUAUUUUCUGUAGUG